CGUCCUCAACAUGGCGGCUCCCCAAGAUGUCCACGUCCGUAUCUGUAACCAAGAGAUUGUCAAAUUCGACCUGGAGGUGAAGGCGCUUAUCCAGGAUAUUCGAGAUUGUUCAGGACCAUUAAGUGCACUUACUGAACUGAAUACUAAAGUGAAAGGGAAGUUUCAGCAGUUGCGGCACAGAAUACAGGAGCUUGAGCAGUCAGCGAAAGAGCAAGACAAAGAGUCGGAGAAGCAAGUUCUGCUCCAGGAAGUGGAGAAUCACAAAAAGCAGAUGCUCAGCAAUCAGACCUCAUGGAGGAAGGCUAAUCUCACUUGCAAAAUUGCUGUCGACAAUCUACAGAAAGCAGAACUUCUCCAGGGAGGAGACCUCUUAAGACAAAGGAAAACCACCAAAGAGAGCCUGGCCCAGACGUCCAGUGCCAUCACGGAGAGCCUCAUGGGAAUCAGCAGGAUGAUGUCCCAGCAGGUCCAGCAGAGCGAGGAAGCCAUGCAGACUCUAGCCAAUUCUUCCCGGACUAUCCUGGAUGCAAAUGAAGAGUUUAAGUCCAUGUCAGGGACCAUCCAGUUGGGACGGAAGCUUAUCACAAAAUAUAAUCGCCGAGAGCUGACAAAAAAAAAAAAAAAAAAGAAAUGA